UUGUCCGCACAGUGGUCUGAAGACUAAUCUGGACUGCCGUACCAACACGGCUAUGGUGUCUUGGACGCCUGGACGUGGCAUCAGCUACUACAACGUCACGGCCAAUGCCUUUGAUGUCGUAGACAAGAAGGCCUGCUCCACCAAUGGCUCCUCCUGCAACAUCAGCUCUCUGCGCUGCGGGCAGAGCUACAGGGUGAGCGUCAGUGGACAGGGACAGACCUGCCUCAGUCCUGCCCAGGACUGGCUGAGAAUCAAUGCAGCUCCCUGCCCUCCAACCCAGCUGAUGGUCAACUCUUCCUGUGAAUCAAACAAUAUCUCGGUGUCGUGGCAGGCCUCGCAGGGCUCAGUCUCCUACAUGGCUGUGGCUGAGAAUACAGAGGGUCGCCAGUGGUCCUGCAACACCAGCAGGACCACCUGCCAGAUAUCUGGUCUGCUUUGUGGACAGCAGUACAAGGUCUACGCUGUUGGUUUUGAUGAAAAUUGCAUUGGAGCCAAGAGUGACAUGAAAAUGAUUCGUACAGCUCCGUGCGUGCCACAGAACAUACAGAACAACCUCGACUGUCUGUCUGGUGUCCUCAAUGUUACCUGGCAGUCGACAGGUUACUUUUCCCAGUUCCGCACCUCUGUGGUGAGCAGCAAAGGAAACAUCAGCAUCUGCACGACAGAUAAGCUUUACUGCGUAGUACCCAACAUGCAAUGCGGUCUGACCUACAACGUUACAGUGGUGGCCCAAGAUAAGGACUGCAACAGCUCCUCUAGCCCCAUAAACCAGGUUGUUACAGCUCCAUGUCCUCUCACAACGUUCCUUCCCAUUGUCAACUGUACCACCGGCGUUGUAUCUGUAACCUGGAACAACAGCGUGGCGGGGGUCGUGCACACAGUGUCGGCGGUUGACAUCGCAGGUCGGCUACACAGCUGCAGCGGGACGAACAGCGGCUGCAGUCUUAGCACACUGACAUGCGGGACAAAGUACAACGUCACCAUCACACCGUCCAGGAACGGAUGUGUGGGCAGAAACAGCCCCACAAAAAUGAUCACGACAGGCAAGGAUCAAUAAUAUUUGAGUUUUUCUUGAAUGAAG